AUGCCCAGCAAGAUCGGUAAAACAAGACCCAACCAUGGAUCCAAUCAUGGACCCAAGCACUCUAGCUCACUUCAAUCAUUAAGCGACUACAUUGCUUCUGCUAGUUCAUCUGUAGAUAAUGAGCCCAAUUUGACAAAUAAUCUCAACCCUACUCACAAUUGCUCUACUAGUGUUGACACUAGAUUGUACCCAACUAUUGAUCCAAUAGCUGAUGAAGAAUUGGCCGCUAAAACUAAUAGUAUGAGCAUGAGUAACCAAGACAACAUUGAAUUGUUGGAUAAUGAGCUGACUAAUAACCUCAACAUACAAGACAUGUCAGUUGAUGAAAUUGUUGGUAAAACUUUUCUCAAACACAAUAAUGCUAAACUAGAUACAAACAGAACUCUUCUUGACACUGAUCAGAUUUUAGAAAUUGUAUCUGUUAUUGCUAGCCCACACAACCCUAUGACCUUAAAUUUCCAACAUGUUGUAAAAGCCACUCUCAGAAUACUCUCUGAUGACAUUAAAUACGAAAUCACCACAGAAAGAAAGGCUUUUAAAAACCAUAAAGACAGAAAACAUGUUUGGGAGUUAUGGAAGGAAAGAAUGAAGAAUAUUAACAAACUAUUAUCUGAGAACAAGAAAAGUAGUAAUGUCCAACAAGACAAUGAAGAAUUCAACAUCAAUGACAUAGCAGUGAAGGAAAUCACUCCUCCCAGAUAUAUUGCUGUUAGAUAUAGCAAAAUAUUUGAAGAGAAUGAGGUAAUUGAAUUAAUUAAGGACAAACUUAGUGGCAAAUAUGUCACCAUCAAUCCGAUUAUUAAGCUCAAUAAUACCAUAAUUGUCACUAUUGAAGAUUGCGCUCAAGUAGAACAGGCAGUUGAAACAUUACGUACAAAAUUUAAAGAAGUCAAUAUCACUUCAUCAUGUGAAAACGACACCAACAAAAUUAUACGUGUCCAUAAUAUUCCAAUAGGAGAACUAUGGAAAACUACAGUCAAGGCAGAUUGGAGGAAUGCUAUUGAAAGCGAUACUGGUGAACCCAUUGUUGAAAUUGCUACAGCUAGAAUUGGUAAAGAAAUGGCAGCAGUGAUCACUGUCAAAAGUAUGAAAGCCAGAAAUAAUCUAUGUAAGGCAAAAACAUAUGAUAUCACUAUUCCUAGAACAGAGGAAACAGUCACUAUGAAAAUCGACAUACCAUUCAACUAUGCAAUGGAUGUACAAUACUCUGACAUCAUUGGUAGAUGGCCUGAAAGAAAUGAUUUGAUUAGAGCUAGAAUACAAACGGAAUCCUCUCUUGCCAGAAAAUACAAUAAUGACCAACCUGUAUCCAUACUUAUCAUCAAUCAAGAGAAGAGAAUAUGUUUGAUUAGACUCAACAAUCUAUCUAAUGCCAUCAGAUUGGUAAACCAUGCUGCAUAUGGAAUGAAUGAAUGGACAUUGGAUUUUGCUCUCAAUUAUCCAAUGCUAGAAGAUUUCCUGGAAAAGAAACCUGAUACAGUUCACAAAAUUUCACAAAAUUUAGGCAGAUCUUCUAAAAUUGCAGCGAAAGACGUUUCCUUUACUCUUGAAAAAGUGCAACAAGAUCAUCUAAAAGAAAUCAAGAGAAUUGAAGCUUCUAUGGAUAAAAGAAUUGCAGAACUUGAGGCAAGACAGAAUCAGAAAUUGGCUAUGGAAUUUAAGGAAAUGGCUAAUAUUAUCAGAGCAAAUAAUGAAGAAUUAAUGAUUACCAAUAGAAUUGCUACUCUAACAUUUCUGUCUGGUUGUACAAAAGAUAAUACCAAGAGGAAGAUAUAUCAAGAGGAAAUUGAUGAGUGUCACAAAAAGCUAAAACUACUUGAUUCACUUCAAGCAGAACCAUUAUCAGCCCUAAGAGGCUACCUCAACUCAAUCACUCCUGAUAUAAUCAUGCUCCAGGAAGUUAAAAGCGUCUACAUUGGUCCAGAUUUUCCCUCUAUAUAUUAUUCUUCAUUUACAUAUUAUCACAAUCCAAGAGAUUCCUGUGGUGUAUCUAUUUGCCUCAACAAAAGCACUUUCAAAGAUAUUGAAGAAAUCAUCUUAGAUCCGAUCAUUAAGAAUAACGCGCGAAUUAUUGGCGUGAAAUGUAAAAUCAAUUCAAUUAAUACUCUAGUAAUUUCUGCGUACUUUCCAAAUCAACCAGCUGACAGAUGUGAAUUCACAUAUAUUCUUGACAACCUAAUUGAAAAAUAUCCUAACUACAAAAUCAUUAUUGGAGGUGAUUACAAUGCGAUUUUAUCCGAGAAUCACUCCUCAAACGAAUCUAGAAGAACUGAUCAAAACAUACUAGAUCUUAUUAACAAGAGAAAUCUUAAUUACUAUCCUUUCCCUCAUUUAUCAUGGCACCUUCAUUAUACUAUUAACAAACAAUCCAAGUCUAUAAUAGAUUACAUAUCCACAGAUUUUCCAAUUGCAUCUGGAGAAGUACUGAAUGCCAACUUCAUAUCAGAUCACAAAAUGGUUAAAAUUCUACUUGACCUCUCAUGUCAACGAACACCUUUGUUAAUUCGGAAGAAGCGUAACUUUCAAGAUCCCAAAAAUAAGAAAGAAGUGCUGGCCAUUAGCAAAGAAUGUGUAUCUCAAGUUAAGAAUUUAGAAUCUGAUAACGACAAAUGGCUUUUCAUUUGUGAUAAACUAGGCGACAAAUUUGUGGAGGUCAAUCCACCUAAACUUGAUCCUAAAAUCUACAAAUAUAAUAAGCAAUAUAAGAAGCUCAUGUUAAUACUUGAUAGAAAUGAGCACGGAUAUCCUUGUGACAAACUUUUGACCACUAUUGGUAAAACUUUAGAACAGGUUCCAAAAUGUCUUGCAAGUGUCAAAGAGAAAAUCAAGAACCAUAUCAAAUGGAGCCAUGAUAAGGCUUUGAACAGAAAGAUGAAAUGGUGGGAACAAAACUAUGCAACCAACUCUAAACAUCUGAGAAAGAAAAUUUACAAAACGUCAUCACCACCAUACAAAUUAUCUAUCGAAGGAACUGAAAUUAGUGACCCCAAUGAAGUUGCCAAUGUGAUCAAGGACAAAUAUCAACAAAACCUCAACUUUAGAGGAAGAAAUCAUCAAAUUGACAUUACCAAGUUUUUCAAGUACAAACAUCCAUUAAUUGAUAAUUGCAAUGACAAAAUACUCGGUAGAAUUACCACGGAAGAGAAAGAAUGGAUAAUUCAGAAUUUGAAAUCCACAGCACCCAAUGAACUAGGUUUAAGACAAAAACUAUCAAAUACAUGUGACAAGAAACCUUUUUAUGGUUUGGCUGUUGACAUCAAAAAAGCUUAUGACUCAUUACCGAGAAUUAUGCUUCGUGAUGGACUGCUAUUCUUAGGGAUUGAUGAAAUUACUGCUGAUGGAAUUCUGGAAAUAUUAGGUGAAUCUACGACAAAGUUUGUUAUACCUAAUGGUAAAUCUGAAUGUUUCAAUGUGAAAGAUGGAUUGAAACAAGGCGACACCUUCUCUCCCCUUGCAUUCAAAAUUGCGCUUGAGCCUCUCUUACAAUUUUUAGAAAUAACAUAUAAUGGUGCUAGUGUUGCAAAUUAUUGGAACAUUAGUACAGGCGCAUGGAUUGAUGAUUUGAACUCAUUUUCCAACGAACUACCUGAAAUUGAAAAUUCUUUGCAUGACAUUGAAACCUAUCUUCAUGGCUAUCACAUGGAAUUAGAUCAUUCCAAAACUAACCUCUUCUCUGAUAAGGAAUGUAGUAUCAAGACAUUAUCUGGAAGUACGAUCAAAAGUAAUGAUUCUAUUAUUAUACUUGGUAAUAAUAUUACCAAUAAUACUGAGGAACAAAAGAAAUACACUACUUCAAUUAUUGAAGAAGUUAAAAGAAGAACUAACUCUAUUGGCUGGAAUUUUCCAAUACAGAACAUUGUCAAAAUUAUCAACACAGACAUUGUUCCGUAUGCACUGUACCACCUAAUUCCUCUUGCUAAUGACCAUCUAGAGAAACAAAUUGAUAAAUUCUUUCGCAACUUUAUAUGUGAAAGAUUAAGAACCAAGAGAAAAUUAGCUCUCGAGUGGUUUUAUACUCAUCAAGACAAAGGUGGACUUGGAUUAAUUUCUGUUCAAGAAAUGAGUUACUCGGACCUAAUGUGUAAAGUCAGAAAGUUCCUUGAACAAUAUGAUAUUUGUCUUGGAUCUUCUACAAGAUUCCUUUGUGAACGAAUCAAACAGGAGCAUGGUUUUGACAUCCUCAAUGAUCCAAUCCCUACUUGGUAUAAACCAGACCCAUGGAUUCCUCAAUAUCUCAAGAGAAUAAUUUUCAUGAACAAAUCUUCCAAUAUUAGAUUGUGGCAUUCGAGUGACCAAUGGCAUGAAAAAACUCUCAUCCCUUAUGGAAAAUUCCCUAAAGGUUUAAGACAAUUCCUGCUCUAUAAAGAUUGGAACAGAUUAAGUAUGUGGGUUCCUGACCCUAAAAAUUUACAAGUGAAAUUACAUAAUGACAUCAAACAUUCCAAUCAUGUCACCCAAAUUCGCAACAUUCUCAAUAGCAUGGAUUUUGGAAAAAUCAAAGACGAAAGCAAAUACUACAAAUAUGUUGGUAACAACACAUCCAUGUCAAACCUCUUGAACAAAGCUACACUAAUUGGUACUGACGGAUCGUGUAACAAUAAUAUUGCUGGAUACGGUAUCGUAACUGAUCAGAAUGUUUCCAUCUCAAGUCACACCUUAGGACAAGGAACUUCCUACAACAGUGAAGUUCAAGCGCUCCACACAGUUGUUAGAUUGCUAGAUAACAACACUCCUAGAACAAUAGUCAUAGAUGCGAAAAGUAUUUAUGACCAACUUUUCCAAUUCAGAAAAUCUAGAGAUCCUUAUGUCGAAGAAAUUCGUAAUUAUUUAAAAAUGAAGGAUCAGAUCAAAAUUAUGCAUGUUAAUAGUCAUACAGGUAAACAAGAUAUCUAUAGCCGCAUAAAUGAAUUAGCAGAUAGGGCUGCUAAGAAAGGUGCUGAUUGUAACAAUAUUCUUACUAAUAUUCCAUCCAAUAAUUGGUAUAUUAUUAUCAACAAUGUAUUAUACACUCAAAACACUAGACAAACAAUGUACAAACUUAUAUUUCAACGCCUCCACAAAAGAACAUAUACGCCAAAGAACCUUCCUCCCAAGAACAGAAAGUUCACCAACAUUUACCCCUCAAUAGGAAUCGGUUUCAGAACCUUAAAUCUAAUAUUUAAAAUUAGAGUGAACGUGAUGAAGACUUUGGAAAAUUUAAACAAGAUAUCCAAGACGAACUUGCUAUGUCCUUGCUGUAGUAGAGAGACAAUGCAACACAUUAUUUUUGAAUGUAAAUACUAUAGUGAUAUAAGAAAAGAAAUGUUUAGGAAUUUAUAUAAUAUCUCAAUAUAUGCAAAGAAUAACAAGAAGUUCUCCAAACGACUAUUGUACCUCAUCAAGACUAAACAAGAUAUCCAUAGCCUAACAGGUGCUAAAGUUGGAUUGGGUAAGAAAUGGGACAAAGUAUUUACUAAGGAAGCUUAUCGAUCUAUUACUAAAAUGUGGAUGAAACGAAAUCAUUUUUUCAUGGAAGAAUUGAAACUCACCUGGAAUGAAUUUGAACAACAAUACGAUUUUAAUCCCAAUUUCAUUGAUUUGAACAAGUUUAAACUAUACAUGAAAUACCCACGACCAUGA